GUCACGAGCCCACCCCUCCCUCCCAUUAUCCCCACUGCAUAACCGCGCCUUCCACGCCUUGACAUUUCCAUCGAAGCCACGCCCCCCCAUCGCCGCGACGUCCCGCCCACCGCCGCGAAGUCCCGCCCUCCGCAGGCGUUGCCCCGGUCACUGCGUCAUUGUGUCGGUGUCGCGCUUGGUCGCUCGGUGACAGGAGCAGGACGGAGAGACGCACGUAUAUAUUCAUCUAUCUUUUAUCGCUUUCUCUGCCCCGUGCACCCCAUCACCCUGUUUAUCAUAGCUAGCGGCACGUGUGCGCCAUAUUCGUACAUACCCGCCCAGGGCUAUGUAUUAAACCUCGCACUGUACCGCACUGAGAGCCAGAGGACAAUAUCCAGGCAAAAAUAGCCGAUUCGGAAACAUUCUCCCGCUCUCACAUAGCCUCAGAUUGAUUAUUUUAGCCUGAAUCCAUCCAUUGGGGUUCCAAUUCUCUGUAAUUCGGAGGAUUAUUAUCAUUAUUAUUAUUAUUAUUGGUAAUUAUAUAGCGCCAACAUAUUCCGUAGCGCUUUACGAUAUUAUGAAAGGGGGGGGGGAUUUAACAUUAAAUUAGACCAUUACAAAAUGUUACAGAACAAUGGGUUGAUGGGGACCCUGCUCAAAACAGCUGUACUGAUAUAGCUCUAUUCUUUAUUAUUCACAUUAAAUAGUGUCUGAAUGCAUGCGAAGAUAAUCAUAUUGUAUAGAAAUAGAGUACACCCUGUGUAAUUUUAUUUAUAUAUAUAUUUAUAUCUUUGUGUCUGAUUAAUGUAUUCCUGCACCUGUACACACCCUUUUAUGAUAUAUAUUUAGAGUUGCAAUUUAGCUGUCUAACACACAGGCAUUUUUAUUUAGCUGGUGGAAAUGAUUCACCAUUAAUCCUUAUCACCUAUUUUUUUUUUAUUUAUAUAUAUAUAUAUAAAUCUUUGUAUUGAAAGCAUUACAGUUGUUGAAACAAAAGGUAAAUGGUCGUGGAUCCGUGUUUUAAUCAGAUUUCAGGAUGUUAUUUAUUUAGAUAGAGGUUUGAUUUUCAUAUAUUUUGGGCUGUUUAUAUUUUAAUAAAGGGAUGCUUAUUCUAAUACAUGUGGCUCUUUCUUAUUCAGUAUCUUCUGAAAAUAACGCACUGUUAAUUCAGUAAGUGCUAGGGCUUAUUCAUGAUUCUAUUGAUCUCAGUCUGUAGCUGUAUGAUGAAAUCUGCAAUCGGAACUCAAAUCCACUCAGUAUUUGCUAUCCAAAUGCUGACUCUUAAUAGUAAUCCUUCCAAGGUGAUGCUUUUCUUUUACAUUACAAUCUUUUUCUGCUAAAUAGUCUCGAAUGACAUUGAGCUCUUUUAUCGUUAUUUAUGACUAAUGAUCGCUUCAUUUAGAAUUGUAGAUUAGAAACUGUAGAUAUAUUUAUUCAUCCAUCUGGUGAGUUUGACAUUUUCAGCAAUGCACAAAUAUAUGUCUCUGCAUAGCCCCACCAAUAUGUAUAUGUAUUUUGUUGUCUAUAUACAGUGAUUAACAGCAAAAUGGCAGACACCACCGGAUUUCAGUCUUCUCACAUAUCUUCAUCUGUUGGGGAGAAGGGAGGCAACUGUGCAGGUAAAUCUAUAUGCACUAUCUAUAUAAAGGAAGCCCAAAUAAUUACAUACCUGUAUAAAUCAAAUUUGAUGCAUUGUUUAGUCUGUUAAACUUGUAUUAUGUAUGUUAAAUAUCAGAGUACAUUGAGUAUAUUUUAUAGUUUUAAUGUAACAAAAUAUUUUGGGUUCUGGUUUUGUACAUUUAAGUUUUCCCCAAAUUGCUGAAUUUUAUGAGCAGGUAAUAUCGACCUGUGUGAGGAAAUCAGUUACGAUAUCACUGUUAAAUGAUUAGAAAACCAUGCUGGUAAGACAUCAGUUGAUUCCUGUUUAGCUUAUGCAGCAUUAUUGAAAAUGAGCAAUCUAAAGACUGGUUUGAGUUGCACAUUCUGAAUUGCUAAAUACAUUCUUUUGUGUGCAAGCAAUCACAAUGAAAAUAUUUGUGAGAAUGCAAAAAGCCAAAACUGGAUCGGUCUGUGUCAAUAGCUUACUCAGUUUAAUAGGCCUAGUUUAAAUAAACAUCAAUCAUUAAGCGACACGAUGUCUAGGGAUAGAUUGUCAGAUUCAAGACACUUUGACAUGCUCUGACUCUAAGAAUAUUAUACAGCCUACAGUACAUAUGAGUUUGAGAGGCUUUAUUUUAUUACAUUAUUUUAUAUUUAAUACUUUGAUUUGUGUUAUACAGUGCAGUUUACCAGUUUAUAAGAUCUUAAAGAUCUUUCUUUAGGCUAUGCAUUGUAUUAGCUGGGGAUGGACAAAAGUUAGAUCCUCAGAUGUUACAGAACGACAUCUCUACUCCCUGGCCGUAUUUUAAAAUUCUCAGGUUUUGGGGGUUUUUCUAAGAAAACAUCUACUUAAGUAUUUUAUCAUCAAAGCAAGAAUUUUAUCUCGCUUCAGGACUCUCUGCUUGUUUUUAAAAAUGAUUCUGUUUGUCUAGGUUAUUUCAAGAUAGCUUUGACGUGUCUUUCAGGAGCACAUGGGAUUAGGGAGUGUAGAAUGUUUCUCAUUCAUUCAUACAUUGGGUGUUGGUAUAUAUUAUGUAGGUUGCAGGAUUGUGUCAUUGGACCCUAUGUUAAUCAUUAUAUUGUGAGUUUCUUACUCGACUCUGUUCUUAAUAUUAAUUUGGGCUACACACCCACCCCCUCCCCCCGGGAAACAAGUAUAUGAACUAAGAAAGUCUCUUCUGCAAAUAUAUGUCUCACACCCCUUGCUAUCUAGAUAAGAAAGACAAGUUGUGUAGCAGGUAUUGCAAAUGGCCUUACAAUGUAAAACCAGAUGAAUGCCUCGUCACACACCGCUACACAUUAAAAUGUUAAUAUAAAAAUAUAGUGAGUGCGGGCAUUCCCCACAAUAUAUUGAAUAAAUAUUAAACAUUUUUAUUCAAAUGCACUUUUAGUUAAAGGAACACACUAACAUUAGGAAAACAAACAUAAAUUCAUAAUGUUAGUGUUUUCUUAACUACCUAGAUUGGGGGGUAGUUGACAUUCUGUACUCCAUGUAUUGUGGACUACAUCUUCUAUAAUGUUUUUACAUCUAUAAUGCAGGCAAAGAAUCAUAGGAUAUGUAGUUCGCAACAUCUGGAGGUUGCCUACACCUGACCUAGAUUAUUGCACCCCCUUAUACAGUAAAAUAGUUUACUAACCCUUAGACCCUAACUGCGGCCGUCAAUCCACCCUUGGCAACUAUCCUCAUCACAGACUCUCAGCCAAUGCAAUGCUUCUCCAUUGGGAAGCAGGGGGGGGGGGGGCCAGUGAACAUGUGCAGAAAUUUGCUCAAUGCGUCUUUAUGGGUAGCAUGAAUACACUAAAGUUGAUCCUACAGAGAUUGCAGGACCCCACCCCGGGACUCUAGUGGCUGUCUGAACGGUGGCCUUAGUAAGUAAUGUAAAAGAAAAAGGAGUGUUUGCAUUGCUGAGCCUCCAGGGACAGUCGCUUUGCACCAGAACCACAACAGUAAGCUGUAGUGAUUCUGGUGUCUAUUUUAAACAAAACUACGAACAGUGGUAUCACAGUAGCUGCUUUAAAACAGCACAUACAUCUUUCUUUUGGCAACAGCUUCUCAUUUACUGAACUGUACAAUAAAUGCAAUCAACAUAUUUACUGGAGUAAGCUUUGUGGUGGAGGGAAGUCACCCUCACAGUAUUUUUGGGUCUUGUGUGUCACUGUCUACUUGAAGUGAAAUGUGGGCCAAAAGCUCAUAACCAUGGGAAAUCUGGAAUUUGCUUAAUUUGAAAAGCCAUUCCAGGACAGCUUUACAUGUGGUUAAAUGUAAAAUUAAAGAGUUACUCUAAGAUCCUUUAACAACUUCCCUUUAGUGGUUCUAAUACCAGAAGUCUCCUGGCAUGGCCUGAAAGUAAUCUGUCAAACCUUUUACCUGUCUUGAUGGGCAGUGGAGGUCCUGCAGUCUUAGCUGGAACUAUAGUGUCACUGAGUGGUUAUGGUGCAUAGAGUUUCCUUUUAAAAACAAUAGUUUUUGUCGCAAAGGUAAUGGUUAACUUAUUUGAAUUCUAGAAUCUGACUUUCUCUCCAAAGUUGCGCAGAUGUAUUAGGCCCUCUAAAGGUGUUUAAAGUACCUUCUUAUUCUACACAACUAGGGUGAGGUUUUGGCUCCCUAGGGUAGAGGUAGGCAACCUUCACAACUCCAGAUGUUGUGGACUACCUCUUCCCUGAUGCUGUGCCAGCAUUACAGCUGCAAGAGCAUUAUGGGAGAUGUAGUCUACAUCUGGAGUGCCGAAGCUUGCUUACCACUGCACUAGAGUCUUUUUCUAGCCUUUAUGAAGAGCCGGGAUACUGCCCAGGUGUAAAGUAAUUGAACCCUUUGAGUACCUGGUUCAUCUGUAUAUAUUCUGCCAAAGUGAGAGUUCCUAUAUAAUCUAUGGUAAACUGUAUGUCUUGGCACACAUGUUUAAUACUCAGGAGCUUGGUAGACAUAGUUUGGAAAUAAGGCUAUCCUAGCUAUAAGAUAAGGCUAGGGACUAAUGAAAGUAUUUCGAAAAUUGGGCAGUCUAGAUGGGCUGAAUGGUUCUUAUCUGCCGUCACAUUCUAUGUUUCUAUGAAAUAAUUAUUCAAUAGCACAAAAGGGUGUGGACAGUAAUAUUUUGGGACCUGCUGCUGCUUGGAGUUUCUCCUCUAUGUAUCCAUAGUGCAGUCCUCGUUAAUUCUUUAUAACUAAAUCCCAGCCCAUAAAUGCAUUGCUACAAAACACAUUUCAAUGAGUGAUUUUCCUGCUAAAUGCAUUCAGUUGUAGGGGUGCAGGUCAAUACAUUCUUUACAAAAUAUAUUUGCUUGAGGCAUAUUUUCUUUGUUUGUGCCCUGUGAAAAAUAAUCGUUGUUGCAAAAUAUUUUCUCAGUUUGGCAAUGCUCCAAUACACAUUUCCUCGAGCAUUCGUAAAAUGUUAAGCUUUCAGUUUCUGAUUAUUCAGUCAGUCUAUAGGGACGUGUGUUUAGUAUAACCUACCACUAUAUAGGGUAAUCAAAUCGUCAGCUGAGAUAAUGAUUGCUUACCUUGAAUGCUCACUGAGCCAAAGAUUUAUGGAGGUGUUACCAUCUGCAGAGUAAGGUUGCGUGUUUAUUAAAGAAAAAUAAAUAAAUGAAAAAUACGUUCCUGAUACAUAACCCAGGAAAACAGGUGGAUGUGACACAUCUUACAAUAUAUUGUCAGAAGAGGAAGGCGGCAGCAUAUAAAUGUUACAUUUUGCAACAAGAUGUGACACAUGCCCAGAAAUGAGGUGACUCUUGCAGCACUAGGUGUGGGUAAUCUAUAAUAAUAUACAGCUACUAGAAAUCUAAUUCUUUUAAACAAUUCGACUUCUAAAAUAAGUAUAAAACACAUACACACGGUGAGUAAUAUAUAAUUCAGCUUCCACAGAGGCAAUUGUCAGCACAAUCAAGCUUCUAAAUAGAAAAUUCUCAGCAGGUAGCAUCGGGAAUGUGUCCAUCGUUGAUUUAUAGAGGGAGCAUAGAUCAAAGCACAUUUUUUAAAACAGUAUUCAGAGUUGUGGAAAUGGGGAAAAGUGUAGUAAUCUAGUUAUUUGAAAAUUGUUAAAGGGAAAAAAACUGUCUAAACACCGAUGUGUAUGUAUAUGCAGUUUGUGUGUGAAUUGGAGAGGGCGUGAUGUAUACUGAGUUUCAGUGUGUAUAUCCAGGGGUGUAUGUUAAGUGUACUCAUCAAGUCUGUGAUGUAAAUGUGUGUGUGUGUGUUGUUUGUAUGUGAAAUGUAGAUUACCAUUUGCAUACAAUUUAUUUAUUUGUAAAAUAAUUUCCUUAAAGAGGUGACCAUUUGACCCACAGCAUGGCACUAUUGUACCUGUCAAUCUUCACUUUGUGGGUCUGAUGGAAGCGGGAUCUACUUGUUAAAUGUCAGUUAAAAAUGAGAAAGAGCUGCCUCCUAGGUAAGAGGUUAAACUGUUUUACAAUGGUUUGGCUUCUUACUAGUGUGCAGUAGUAGUUAUGGUGCUUGGAGUGUUUCUUUAAAACAUUUGAAAGUGUUUAACACUAAUUGAAGAAGGGGGUGAGGGGGAGCAUUCCAGGAGCAGUAACUAAUAACUGAUUAUAGUACCUAGAAUGUCCCAUUAAAUACUUUGAUGUUAUUAUUUAAUACUUAAAGUGUAAUCAAACAGUGAGCUCUGCACUCAUAAGGUUUCAACAUGAUGCAUCUAGUCAGUCACAUCCUCCCUUGUGUUUCUGCCUGACUGCAGUUUUUUCUUUACUGCAUACCAUUGCUGUGACCCCCGUUUACUGAAAUCCUGGCACAUAACAGAUAGUAUCUUGAAAGGGAGCUUCCUGUUCAUAUAAUUACAGCAUGUAUCACUAUGUCCUGCUGCAAUAGUGAAAGUAAAAUCAAAGUAUGGAUUGCAGGUUAAUAACUAUUUGUUUAGUCUAAAAUAAAUUCUAAGAUAGAAACAUAUAAUGUGACUGCAGACAAGAACCAUUUGGCCCAUCUAGUCUGCACAGUUUUCUAAAUACAUUCAUUCCCUGGCCUUAUUUUAUAGCUAGGAUAGCCUUAUCCCUAUCCCAAGAGUUUUUUUGGGGGGGGGGGUUUAAAGUCCAAAUUAUACUUCUAUCUUCAUUACUCUGAAAUGAAAUGUUACAGCUUUGUUUGUUUUUGGAAUCUGUGUUUAUUGAGAGUUUACAAUGAUACAGUCUGCAUUAAAAGAUACAGUGUAAGAAAUGUCAAACAAAGAACACAUUGCAGAGCAACUUGCAGUGUAUAUCAAAAUAACAGGUGCUUUAACUUGGUAGUCUCAUAAUAUUGAGUAGUAGACAAAGGCAACCUGACAAGCCACGGUGACACUCGCAUGUCAAACCAACAAAAAUAUUAAUCUAACCAGCACUGAACGUUGUGUUAACGUCAGCUCAACUCCAGCAAUGCCAGCUCUGUGAAAGUCCUUCAUCACAACAAUGCACCUCACUUUCUUACAAGCGACUUUGUGGAGUCAGUCACUUAUUGCUGUCACCUGAAUUAAGUGACAGAAGGGGGGGGGGGGGAUAAAACUGUGGAAGAGAAACAAAGAGGGGAGGAAGACAAUUAAAAUAGACUAUUAUAAUAUAUAAAUAAUUAUUUCCUUCGUAUCAUAUAUUCCUUGUACCGAAACAUUGCACACUGUAAGCUGCAAUUAACGAGGUGUACAGGGCACCUAAGCCCCAACGCCCUUCCAGUCCACAAGAAAGGAUGAAACCCUAUUGGCUCCUUCCCAUAUUUAGUGAGGUCCGUGGUGUCCUCAGCCAAUGGAACCAAGCAUUCAUGCAUCAAGUGUUUUAUUUUUCGGUAGUAGGGAGUCCAGGCUCAAAGGGGGUGGGGGGGUGGGGGGUCAUCUGUCAAAGGUCAAUUAUACUGUGGCCCUCCACCCAAAAUAGCAGUAUCAUCUGGUAGCUCCACCAGAAAUGCAGGAAUGUUCCUUCAUCACUCAUACGUCGCCAGCAACUAUCUAAGAAGCCAGGGAGUCUAGAAUGGAGAAAGGAGAACGUGCUGUAUCACAGAGAUUAUAUCUUAAAGGAAGUUUCCUGAAUUUUCACAGAGAUUGUCCCAGUAUGCUUUAGUUGAAAGAGUUGUUACCAUUCCUCAUCGGGAAUUGUGCAUUCACUCUUAGCUCUGUAUAGCCCUGCAGUAAUUACCAUUUUGGAAUGGAAUCCUUGAAGAAAAGUGUUAUGACAGCGUAGACCAUCAUUACUGAAGAUGCACAGGACAGUACAGUACACCAUAGCUAGCCUACUGUAUUUUUACAUGGAUCUAGUGGUAAAAUUAAGUAGAAGCAUGAGAAAUACUCUACUCAUACAAUAUAUGGAUUUAAUAUUCCACAUUUGAAGGCUCCCUUAUUCUUUCCUCUGACCUAUAUCUAUAGUAGCCAGACUUUCGAAAUCUCUUCUUUCUGUCUAGUCUGCGGCAAGCUGAUCAACUUUAGCGACUCUUUGUUGUGGUUCAGCUGUUCCUUGGUUCAGCUGUCUCCUUCCCCCACUGAUCUCAGUGGAAUGGAAGGGAGGCAAUUAGAGAAGAGACAGCCAGAAAGAAACAAAGGCAGGCAUGAAGCAAUACACAGGAGCAGAGAACAGCCAUUAUGUUCUGUCUAUCAUACUGUUGACCCUGUGCCUUCUUCUGAGGAUUUAUCUAAUCUUUUGGACCUCGUAACUAACCUCCUGAGCAAAUCUUGACAUUUCUAACAUGUCUGAUGACACCUCUCUAUAAAGUAGAUUUGUGUGCAUUGUAGUAGUUUAUUUUAAUAUGCUAGUUUACACUUUACAGAGACAGUCAAGGCAGUUAAGUUACAAUAACAUAAAUCCUGCUUUAUUUAUUCCCAUGAUGCCUCGCUGCUGUUUUGUUUGCAUAAAAUAUGCAUGCAGUUUUGGCUUCAUUCCUUUAAAAGGAAGUGGUGAAGAAAAAUUUAAAUUGCGUGAAAUCAUGGUUGGUUUUCUGUGGGAGAGUCCAAAGCAACACUCGUGCAAGUAGACCUGUUUGUGUAAUCAAAAACAUCAGAAUUAAAGUAAAUUAAGGGAAUUUCGUCCUUACUAGCACCUCUCAUUCUGCGUCCCGGGGUCACAGCUAGCCUCAUACAGAUUUACGUGUACCUGUGUAUUAAGAACUAAAAAUACCCCCAUUACGGGAGGCUCAAGAACAUUGAAAUUACAAGAGGGUUUAAUUUAAAGGUUAUAGAUUCUCUAUUGUGUUUUUAAUUAGACGUGCCAGCGGGUGAAAUUUGAGAAUUAUUUCUCUGCUGCCUCUUCCAUUAUCUAUACAGAACAGAAUGAACUGGAUUAGGAAAUGUUUGAAGUCUGGAUUGUCACCCCUUAUUUCGUUGGGAGCAUUCUAUUUUUAAGUGAAGCAUGUAAGGACGAUAACGAAACAUAAUUUGUGCUGAAUGUGUCAAAUAGUUUUGGUACGUUUCAGUGUCUUUCUUCUUCAUAUGUGUGGGGUUUUUUUGGGGGGGGAUGAAUUGGCUUUUUAAAUUAUCCUGUUAGAAUGACUCGCAUCAAAGCAGUUGUGGCGCCUCACGAGUAACUUAAACAAUUAUCCGUAUUAAACGGCCAGUCUGACAUAAACAUAAACACUACAUGUUGUUAUUGUAGUAAUGUGCUAGCAGGCUGCCAGCACUGCCUCCAAGUCUGGGUCAGACCAUUUUGAACAUGCUUAGCCUAUCAGUGCAAGUUCAUAAAACUUACUUGGGUAUGGGCUGACUUUUGGUGGUUAUGGUGCUUAGACUGCUCCUUUAACAAUUACUGAUAUUUGUGAAAGGACUUGAAAAUAUAAUCAUGAAUGUUCCUUUUAUUCCUACACUGCUGAACUACAGGGAUAGUGCAAUGAGCAUAAAGCAUUGUAACAUUAUUAUUUAAAUUGUGCCAGCAAAUUCCAUAGCGCUGUGCAAUGGGUAUCAUAACCAUGAUAUUCAGCUGCAUUGAUUAGGGUACUUUGGAGAGUUUUUUUUUUUUUUUUAAACUAAUUUAAUUGUAGAGCACUGUGAGAACAUGUGGUACCAGUUUAAAAGAACUCUGAAGACACCAUAACCACUACAGCUAAAUGUAGUUGUUCAGGGCCAUUAGUCUGUACCUUCAGAAAAGACAGUGUUCACACUGCUGCCCAGCGCCAUCUCUAGUGGCAGUCACUCUAACCACCACUUGAGGGACUUCCUGGGUUUCGGUCCUGCAAAGAUUGGUGCAGAGCGUGAAGACACUGAAUAGCAAUCAUAGAGUUGCAUUGAGUCAAUGCAUCUCUGUGAGGAGACGCUGAUUCGCACAUGUGCACUAGCCACCCAGUCCUUCCUUAUGGGAAUGCAUUGGAUAGGCCGAGAUCGUCAGGAUUUGUUAUCUCAGCCAGCGGAGGCAGGGCGAUCGUGGCAAGACCGCAGCUCUGGUGAAUAAAGUAAAUAGCUUUAUUUUUUUAAGGAAUGGCUGGUAAUCUAAAUAGUUAGCAUAAAAUUAUAGUGUUGUGUUUGUAGUGUUCCUUUGAGCUGCUUUCCCCCAGAUGAACCCUUCCACAUUACAGUUUAAUCUCACUUCAUGUUACUUGAUUCCAGCAAAUAUAAAUUCUGUUCGUACAGACUAAUCUGUGCAGAAUAAAUACUAAGUGGUUUAUAAACUAAACAGGGUAUAUAGUGUGGCUUUGCCUAAAGGGAUUGCUAAAUGUUAUGCAGAAAUCCCUAAUGAUCCAGAGCACAAAGUAUGAGAUCUGUGCCCUUUGAUAUCUCUUCUACUUGAAGCUAUGUGUCGUCAUCAAAAUGAUGACAGUAUACCAAAGUAGCCUUCAAUAUAAGACUUGGCAGAAAGGUUUGAUAAGUGCACACAUCUGGUGCUGCCUUUCUAUUCCUAGGAAAGGUAGGAAAAUUGUAGAGGAACCAUUACCUCGCUAGAGCAACCUGCACCCUGGACAGUUCAUUGGGACGAGUGUACGGAGGAGCUUAAGAUCUCCCCAGCUGAAUCAUGACCAAUAUGCUAAAUUUAACACAUAUUCAUGGAAAAUGGCAAUCUUUUAUUGCAUGAAACGUGAGUGAUACUAUCUGGAUCCACUGACUUUUUUUGAGAUUUGAAACUUUCUGGCCCAGACAGGGGAACCUGGCAAUUUCAUUAGUAUUUCUUCAAAAUUGUAAGUAUUCUGUAAAAAAAAAAUAGAAAGUCCUCAGCAAAGUUUAGUUUCUGUCCACGGGGAUCGUUCCGCCUCUUAAAAAUUGCUUAUGCUGGACCCCACAAGAAUAAAGUGUGUCUGCAAUCAAAGAAAGAUCACUUUUAAGUCGAUUUACGUUUGUAUAAUACAGGUUGAUUUCAGAGCUCAUUCAAGAUGCGUUCAAUCAGCUUGGCCGGUGCUCCCCGAGUUUAGUACUUUAAUCUGUCACACAGCAAAUAACUUUUUGCAGCUGCACAUAAUUAGAUUAUUUGAACCUGAUUCAAAUUGUUUUUGUAUUAUUUUUUUUUUAGAACUCAUCAAUCUCCUGGAACAAAACAUGUUUUUGAUUAGGUGAAAUGAUCUGGAUCCUGGGAAGCCAACAAUAUAUAGCUGUUCAGCUAUUGUUGAAUUCCCUUGAUCCUUCACAAACAUGGGUAUUGGAACCAGGAACAGGCGAAGUUCUACCUGUUGGCUCCACCUGCACUAGAUUAAUGUCCCCUCGAGUACCAAUUCAAUUACAGGCUUCACACGGGUAAUUAUAGUUUAAUGAAUCCUUUACAGAAACGCCACUUGUGUUAAAAUUAAGUUUAAAAGGACCUAUUUCAACCCCAAUGUGAAUUACAGGACUGGCAAAUCAUCCUCACUAUUAACCAGCAACUGUUCAAAAAAGUUUUUAUUUUUUAUUUUUAUUUUUUUUUUUUACCAGGGCUCGAGGGGGGUACACUGCCUUACUGUAUCUCUUGGCAGUGAAAGGGUAGUACUAAGUAGAUCAUAUUUGGUUACCCAAGGGUGAAGCCUAUCCUUCACACCGCAGUCUAAUAUGAUUGGUGUGUCUCUGCCCUGCACCUCCCCCCCCACCCCUCCUUUCCUGGCCAUGUCUGAUUGUGAAACAAAGCAGACCAUUGUGAGUGUUGAUCAGCAUCUGGAGUUUAAUGCAGCAUAAUCACAAUGUGACUGUGGGGUGUAUGCUGGCAGCAGAUAUUUUCAAUUAUGCAAUCCUGGCUAAAAGUAAAGCUUCUUAGUAGUUUUGUAGAGCUUUUUAUGCUACAAAUAAGCCAUAACCAAGAUUUAAGAGGCACCAAGAACAGACAACCAGUUGAUUGCUUAUCCUAUGGGGGGGUACCCACCCAAGGGGUUAAUUUGUGCAGAGAGAGCCUAGUUCUUGCUUGUUAUAGUGAUCGGACCCCUGGGGCUCUGCAAACCUGAUAUGCUGGUAGUGAAAUCCUCUCUUUGCAAAGGGCCAUUAUUUUGGCCUCUGCUUGACCUAACUAGUUUGACAUGUUUGAUUUCCCUCUAGACAGGUCUGUGACUUUAUUACCCGUUAUAAAUAUAAUAAGACGCGUGUUGAAACUACCUAUUGGCAAACCUUACUCUAGGAACAUCCAUUCUAUAUUAUUUAUAAAGCUCCAACAUAUGAUUUAGAUACUAUGCAAACUAUACUACACUAAGUAGCUUGUGCAUUUAUAGCAAAAAAACAUGCAAGCUGUGCAGGUGUCACCUUUCUUAAAACUAUUGAAACUUAGAAGAGAACUAAACAUAGAUGGUAAACGAGCACAGUGUGUAAUGCUGCCCACUCUAAUGGCACACAGUAAGUGGCAAUAUACUAGUGAUAUAAAGUGGGCAUUUUGGUGAUGUUAAAGUUGGAAUCUCUUCCACAGUUGUUUGCAGCUAACCAGGAAUUGAGGCAGGAUCCUAGAGGUUCAUGGCAAACCUCUUUUUAUUAAAACGUCGUGUCUCAUGCUUGAAUCUGUGAAUUCUUCUGUAUAGGACAUUGCACUCCAUGGUUCUGUGCUCAGCGUUCUCUGUUUGUUAUGAUGCUGGGGCAGUUUAGUAGCAGAAUUGUGAGUGAAACACUAAGCUUCCGGUGAUAGUACUCCCCUCAUUCUACCUGUAGCAGUGUCUGCUUCUUGGAAAAGUGAUAUAUUAAUGAUAUCAAGAGGAGCGGCUUGGGGCUGGGGGUGUUUAGUACAACAUUUUGUUUAUUAAAUCUAGAACUAGCCCUUUUAACAUCUGCUCCUAUGUAUAAACCAUAGAGGUUUUUGCAUUUAUUUUUAGGAUACUGUUGCCCUUUAAAGACAGACUAGCACAUGAAAGAUUAUCCUGGGACUUGCUGGUGUGACUUUUGAGUAAAUGAAAGGCAAAUUCUGAUUCACACGAAAAGUAUUUUUGAGAUCACAGACCGGGUUCUUCACAAAAAUGUCAAUUGUGGGGAAUUCAAAGUGAACUUCAAAUUUUAGUCCAAAAUAGGAGAAAUUGAAAUAUAGCAGACUUGUGGAUUUCCCCUCCCCCCCCCCCACCUACCCCCCCUGUUUGUCCAUGCUUAUCAUGGCCUAAAAUGUACUUUUUAAUCCAUUCUUUAGUAAAUAAUAUUUUAUGUAAGAAUUCUGACUCUUCAUUUAGCAACCAGUACAGAUAGACAUUAUUGCUUGUGUGCUACAAAAUUCUAAAACAUUUCCUCUGUAUAGAUGUAAAGUGGCUCUCAUCGUUUUAUUAUGGUACUUGCAAAAAUGAUUGAAAAUAACUUGACUACAUGGUUUUAUUGUGACACUUAAAGGGAUCCUGAUUGGGUUAUUUUUCCAUUUUAUUUUUGUGUAAUGUGUGUGUGUGUUUAAAAAUCAUGCUUUGCAAUGUGAAGUUCUUUGCCUUUUUCUGUUCUCCAUCCUUCUGCCUUGCUUAAUGACAUUGCAAAGUUCAGUAUAGACUGUUGUGUACGUAUAUCACACUGAUAACUAGUUCUUAUGCUGCUGUAAUCUGAUUGCAGCAACUAAAGUCUAUUCGCAUUAAAGGUCAUCUCUAAGAGUUCUUAUGUAGUGUUUUGUGUUUAGAUCUGUGUUCAGUAAUUUUUCAAUGUGUAAAUCUGUUGUGUAUAGACUUUUUAUAUUUUUCUUAAUGAACUAUAUUUUAUAAGGGACCCUUUAAUGAAACCAAUUUACCCCUGCAACAUAUUUUGCUGAUGUCCCUUCUUUCAAUGCAUGUUUCACUUACCUUCAUGCCGUUUAUUAAUUCUUCUACAACUGGCACUUUAUCAACAGACUGCAUGCCAUCACUAUCAUUGGCAUAUUUCUCCUUGCUUGCUUUGCAUGCCUUCUUUCAGUCUUGUCUGUUUCAAACUCAUGUGUGAGCAGCCAAUUAAAGGUGUAGGGAUGGGAAUAAACUGUUCUAUCCCAUUUACCAUGUUGGAUGGCUUGGUUACCUAAAUAAAUUGCGAAAACUCAGCUCUGUUCAGAGUCCAAAUUCUCCCAGCAGCCUAAUCCUCCUUGCUUGACAUCACGCCGGAGGGAGAGGAUGGACUGAGCAGAGGACAUGGGCAGGGUGGGGGGCAUGCCGCCAUUGGCUGUCUGGCACCAGCAUGCUGAUCGUGUUGGCCUCAGACGCCAGUGUUGCACAGGAUUAACAUUGCUCAGCUCAGAACUUUGUUCUGUGUUGGCUAAUGACGCUGCUGGAAGUGAAGGUACAACCACUGGCAGCUAAGGGGCUAAUCUGUGUAGUUGCAAGGGUUGAAAUGCUGCAGACUGAUAGCACCAUCAUUACUUCAAACCAACGAAGUGGUCAUGGUGUUUUGAAUAACCCUUUAAAUGGUACAUUCACAGAGCUCUGUGUAGUAAUUGUCUAUUUCAACCGUAGGUCAUACAGUUUCUAACAACAUUGUGAAAAGUAGCAUAAUUUAUGAAAGUGUCUGUUUUUAUAAAUAUCUAUUUAUACAGCACUGUGUUAAGUCUUAAGCAGCUUUAAUCUUAUUAGGGCCAUUUAUCUGAGCAGUAAUUGUUUUGUUUUUUUACGGGGAAGAAAAUGCAUAUUUGUAAACCUGAAGUAGGCAUAAAGAAAGAGUAAUACAACAAAGAUUAACAAAAUUUCCUUUGUUUUAAUGCUUUUGUUUUACCAGGUUUUAUUUUAGUUUUUUUAAAUAUAUAUAAUUUAUCUUUAUUUAAUUUUUUCAUCCUUUUGAUAUUAAGCAUUGCUUUUCCAAAAAUAAUUUUAAAUCCUAUCCAAGGAGCUUUUAAAAGCACACUGGUAGUGACCCCAUGCAUUAAAUACAUAUAUGGCUUUAUAGUUCAGUCCCAGGUAGAAGUUCCGUUCAUUACAUAGCUUACUUUAAGGAACACUAUAGGGUCAGGAACACAAACAUGUAUUCCUGACCGUAUAGUGUUAAAACCACCAUCUACCCCUCCCUUGCCUCCCUAAAUAUAGUAAAAUCUUACUUGUAUUCAAGUCUGCAGCUGCUGGCUCUGCCCCUGUCUGCUGACAUCACCAGAAGUGGUGUUCUGAGCCAAUAACAAUGCUUCCCCAUACGAUUGGCUGAGACUGUCAAGGAGGAAGAUAGGGGCAAAGCUAGCUUAAGUCAAACACAGCCCUGGCCAGUCAGCAUCUCCUCAUAGAGAUGAAUUGAAUCAAUGCACCUCUAUGAGUAAAGUCCAGUAUCUGCAUGCAGAGAGUGGAGACACUGAAUGUUGUGAUGCACACUAGGCAGGACUGCCCCAGGAAGCACCUCUAGCAGCCAUCUAAGGAGUGGUCAGUAAAGUUGUCACCAGGCUGUAAUGUAAACACUGUAUUUUCUCUAAAAAGACAGUAUUUACUGCAAAAGGCCUGAAUGGAAUGAUUAUACACACCAGAACAAAUCCAAUAAGCUGUAGUUGUUCUGGUGACUAUAAUGUCUCUUUUAAUAGUUUUGUUCCUCCUAUCAGGUGUUCUGCCACUUCUGAUAUUUCGAUAGCCCCAUUUUCAGUUUUGAGAAUAGGAUUGUGCACUACAUUCUCCAAAACGGUCAACUGCAUAAGUUUGCAGCCCUGCUUGGGCUGUGACACUCAAAGGGACUUGCAUAGUGUGCACACGCUGUAUGCAAAAUGUAAGUGGAAACGACGGAAGGUAAUAUUUUUUUUUUGUCUUCAGAGGGAGAUGACCUGCUUUCAGGUAUUGAAGAAAACUUGAAUUACAUUUUGUUUUCUUGUGUUUUGCUCAGACGCAUUUUGUUUUUCCUCAGAGUGGUUUGAGACUUUCGCACAGUACUGCAGUUAUUAAAGGGACGCUGUAAACACUAUAAACAUGUCAUCUCUAUAAAUUGGUUAUAGUGCCUGGAGUCCCCUGGUACAGUCCCUCCAAUCAGUGUAAACACGUUUUUGAGCAAUUUAACACUGAAUAAGGGUAUCUGGCCACCCACAACCCAGCCUCCACCAGAGGUUACACACUUCCUUAGUCAUACCAUUUCAUACAUGUAAAGGGCACUGUGAUAGGCCGGAAGUUGUCAGCUGACACAGCCAAACACGGUCUCCCAUUUUUGCUCACAGAUGCGAUUUCUGCUGGGGACUCUUGUGUAGCAGUUAAAAAUGGUUUAAUGUCAGGGGAAUUCAGACACUAUAACCCCAUCAACGAGAUUAAGCAGAGACUACAAUGCCCCUUUAAAUGAGCAUUCUAAGUACCAUUAACACUUUAGCUCAUUGUGAUUAUCAUGUUUUUUAGACCCUCUUAUCACAUCUUGUCAAGCUGUUUUAAGCACAAAGGUUAUCCCAUCUGCUACUGCUCUACUAAUAUAGAAUUAAACUUUCGCAUUAGUUGUCCAACUUUGGAUGGCAAUUAUAGGCUGAAAGAUAUAGUUCUCUCAGCCUAUUAUUACCCUCCAAAGCUGGACAGUUAAUGUGGAGUUAACAUUUGCAAUAGCUGUACAAAAAGUUUAGGCUCUAAGAACUGAGAAACAUUUGUUUGUUUUGGUUAUGUGUUUGUUUUUUCUUCUUCAAACCUCUCGAAAAUGCUUUUUACACUAAACAAGGAGUUUGCAAUGAGUGUUAUCUCUUAUGGACCUUAGAGUGCUCAUUUAAACAAAUGGUUAAUAUUGGUUAUAGGACAGCCAUCCAAUAGAAAAUGAAGAGUAGGGGCUGCCAUCUUGAAACAGUGAGAUCAUCUCCCACCAUUCAAAGCAGGAGAAGUAGAAUAAAAUUGUAAAAAAAUAAAAUAAAAUUGUAAACCUCCUACGGCUGUAAGCAUCUGGGAGGUUAAUUAUGUAUAUUUUCCAAAACUGUUUUACGACAAGAGACUGUAAAUUUAUAGGGAUAUUCAUAAAAUGCACAGGAAUUCUAUGCAACAGAUCACUUUCGUUUGUAAUAAACCACAAUUUCAAAUGUAAAAUUUAAUUAUUGCCUUAGUGAAAUCACAGCUUAAGAUGGCAGCCUCCUGACUACCUAUGUUUUAACAAAUUAGUAUAGUUGACGAGGUGUGUAAAAAGGCUUUGUCCUAAAAUCAAACACUGUGUAUUAAUGAGACAAAGCCUUUACAGACUGUUCUCUGACACCUUCUCUCCAGACCUCCACCCCCAGCACAUUACUCCAGAUUCACCAGGGUCUCCUUUUGAGAUGAUUGCCAGUGGCCAAGGUUUUGAGUUCAAGGACAUCUCUGGUGACAAACGAACUGUCAUCCCGGAAUUUCCAACAGAAAAUAUUAAGAGAUCCCCGUUUGAUGAACGAACAGAGACUGUCCCAGUCUCUGAUGCUGGAUGCACAAAACCAGGAUUUUCUGUCCACAAUGAAGAGACAUUUGUGCAUUUGGAUUCCACAGUGCAUGCCAAAAAGGCCACUGAGAGUGUAUGUGAUGAUCAGUAUUUUGAAGGUGAACAAUUUCUCGCUGGAGUGGUUUCUCAUCCCCUAUCAGGCAAGAAAGCCAGAAAGGAUCCAGUAGACUUACAGCAAGCUCUGUCAUUUGAUGAAUUUUCUUCUGAAAAAGAAGCAGAAUCCACUUUCGAAACAAAAUGUGAAAUGCGAUGGCCAGAUGCAGAAGAAGAAGUUGACAGUUCUGGUGAGUCUGAUGACACAGUCAUUGAUGCAGGCUGGAGGUUUAAGAAUUCUGGAGCAGAGAGAGGGGAACGCAAUGAAGAUGGCUGGGUGGAGCUCAGUGAAUCACAGAAGUUGGAAAAAUCUGGAUUUUGUGUGCAGGAAAAAAAUAGCAGUACUACCACAGAGCGUGAAAACCUUGUCAAAGGAGAACCCAUAUUUUCAAAUAAACCUGCAUGUCUACCAACUGAUGGCCGCACAGAUGUGUCUAAAACCCCUUUACAGAUCCCAGACUCUCCACAGAGUGAAGCUUUUGUGGACUUGGCAGAAUCAUGCAUGACGUGCCCAUCAAUGGCAUUUGCUCAACGUCCACAAGCAGAGACCUUGGAUGACAAAGUGCAGGAAAAUCUAACCAUUGAAGCACUGCGAUCACUCGCUGCAGGGGACCAGGAGUGGGACUCAGAGAGCAGAGAGUCAUCUCCAGAAAUAUUAUGUCCACUGGCACAGUUGAGCAACACUCAAGAUUUAAUGGCAUCUACUACAGUCCAAAAGGAAUCACUAUGGGGAGGGAACUCUGAUGAAAUUCCAUACCCGAAAGGUAAAAGAGGAUCAAUAUUCGAUGCACAGUUGAACAAUGGCAUGCCACGUGCACCAUGGGCAUGACGCACACUCCGUUGACUUGCUCUGUUCAUGCCAAGGCAUGAAUCAUUGGCAUGCACCGUAGAUGUUGUCACCCAUUGUUGGCAUGCAUUGUAGAUGUCCAGUUAAGCACUGUUGAUGCUACCCAGCAUGCUUCACUCACUAAUGACACUUCUGCCUGUCCUCUACAUGCUCCAGCAAUGCACUGCCAGAUCCUUGCCCUCUCUGCUUUUUUUCCUGCCUUUUAUAAAGGAACAUAUUUGGAUCAGCAUGUGUGCACCUACCCUCCAUGCUGCCCGCUUUUACCCUUUACCUCCUUUAUGCAUGCAGAUGUGUAUAUAUAUUAAUAUUCUUUUAUAUGUAUUUACAGACACAAGGCUGUUGUUGGGAAAUUAAGGAGUAAUAUUAGAGAGUUUGAAUAGUUUUAACUAUGGGGAUAUGCACAGUAAACCUUGCACAUUUCCAAUCCGUUUUUGGGGUUUUUUUUUUGUUUUUUUUAUUUUUUUUAUCCUGGUUCUCUUAAUGUCCUCUUUCAGGUAUAGCCUACAUUGCCAGGAGAAUGGGGCUCUUUGAACAUACAGAACUGUUUGCAAUGUCAGACUUUAAUAUGCAUACCCAAAUGGUGUAAAAAGAAACCCUUUUCAUCUUGCUGUAGUUCUUUGUGUCUAAAGACUGUCCUUUUAUGACCGUUUAUAACUUUUAUAUUUUGGGCAGAAACAUCUGCCUGGAUAUCUGAUUGGCCUCCUUGGCUUUCUUACUCUCUGUUUGCUCCACCGAGCUAACAGUGGUGGCGGGUGCCCUGUGUUGGCGCAUGCCUGCUACAGUUCAAUGGCAAGCAUAGGACAGUUUCAAAUGCGUGCUUGAAGUUGCAGCUCUAGUAUAGAGGCUUCUCAACAACCAGCCUUUGAUUGGUGGCAGCUGGCACAGACUGAAAGUCUGAUCUGGAGAAGAUGGGGAGGGCUAACAAAGGCUUAAGACCUCUUGUGUUUCAAGCCGUUCUCCCGUAUGUGUAAAUUAAAUGUGGCUCCAGUUAACAUGCCAUCAUCCUCAUAUGAUAGACAUCUCCCAUUCAUCUCUGUGGGCGAUCAUUGUAGCUGCACCAUGCAUGCCCCCUUAUACGUGGUGCUCUUACACACACUACACCCACCAGUAGCUUCUUUUCAUUUUGCUUAGUUUGGAUUCGCACUUUCUAUGUAUGCGUGGUAUAAGAGCAACUGUUACUUGUGAGAUCUUUUUUUUUUUUUUUUUACAACCUGCUAACUAAUUAAACAUUCGCUGUCAUUAUGUUUACUAUUUUUCAUUUUUUAAAUUUUUUUUUUUUUUUUCUCAUAUGUGAGUCUGUCAAGGCAUAGUCUUGCAAAUGAUUAGCUUAAUUAGGAUUAGGAUCUCGCCUCUUUACACCCAAAGUUUUUGGAAAUGUGUUCUAUACUUAUCUCCUCGGCACACCUCACUCCCCUAAAUACUUGAGUGGGUUGGUAUGUGUUUUUUGUUUUUUGUUUUUUCCUCUUUAAGUACUAAUAUCAGUCUGUCAUAACAAACGAGUCUUUAAGGAUUCUGUUCUACAAUGGAAAACCCCCACUCAUUUCUCAACAAUGAGGGGUAGAGCUGUGUAUGAAUAGAGGGAUAUUGUAUUCUGAUAUAAGAUCUUUAGGGAGCAGAUUGUGAUAACUCUAAAGAAAGUAAUUGGUUCCUAAGUGGCUCAUAUAAAUUGUGAAACUGUAGCAUUUUAGUUUUGUGUGUGUCGCCUUUAGAAAACAGUAUAUGAAGGAUACAGGAUGAAAAGUAUAAUACGGUAUAAUUCAUACAAUUUAGCAUCCAUCUUAAAGGGACAUUAUAUGCACCAAGACCACUUCAUAUCAUUAAGGUGAUCUGGCUGCGGUGUCCCAGUCAGAAAAACCACUAGAGACAUUUAUUUCCCCCUAACGGAGUUUUACUCCAUGAAAUGACACGUUGCAUGAGGACAUCUAAUGUUUUCUAAAUCCCCAUAGCAAAGCAUUGAUUUCCUGUGCAGAAGCUUUAAUUCAUGUGUGGCACUUGUUGCGCACGCACACUAGGUCCCUCCCAUCACUGUGAUACUGGAGGAGGAGAUAUAGGCAGUGCCCCUGGGGGGCUUUGAUCUGGAAAGAGGUAAAUGUAAAAUAGAGGUUGUGGAACCUAUUAAAUUGGGUACAGGGACACUAUAGCGUUAAGAAUUCAGGCUUGUAUACCUAACACUAUUGUGUUCAUUUAAUUUUAUCUGCAUGCGUAAUCGUAUAUCUCCAAAUGAUAUGUUAUAGACUUUUUGAAUAUUACUAAAUUAGGAUAGGUUUUUUUUUGUUUGUUUUUUUUGUACAUAUGCAGGGUUAUUCAGGUGAGAAUUCAAAUUUAAGGUUAAAAUUGCUGAACCGGAAAAUUUCUCUAAGUUGGCUAUGCUCUUAGUUCAGCUACUUUGGCUUUACAUUUGAAAUUUACUUUGAAUUCUCAGUUGAGUGAAUAACCCUGCUAGUCUCCUAGGUAGGCUAACUUUUCCAGAUUUUAUAAAGUCUUCUCUUUUAAUUUGCUUGUUUCUCUUUGGAAUGAUAAUAUGACAGAGACUCUUAGACAUUUUUAUUAAUUUGUUGUUUUGUUUUUUUAAAUGCAGGUUUUUUUUAUUUUGAGAACGCAGUCAAAACUAAUUUUAAAAAGAAAGUUAACCCUCAAUAUCCCUCAUUUGAAGGUUAUCUAAAGUAUUUGACCUUCCAGUGCCUUGCUACUGACAAAUGUUCAAUCUUCCAGCCAGACAACGAUCUCCCAUCACUUUUAAUUGGAAAAUGAGUGAGCACUUGCUGUCUAAUCUCCUAAAAUUGAGAAAAACAAAUGGCAGCAGCCUCUUGUGCAACCAGUAAUCCCCUGACAAAUGUAAAAAAUGCCAAUCAUGGCAGCAUUCCACAUUGGCUCUUUAGCUUGACUCUGUAAGAGAAGAAGACUGACUGUAAAGUAGUUUCUGUAUUUUAGGGGAAACCAUAACUACUGCAGCUUGCUGUCGUGGUUAUGGUGCCAUGAGUCACCUGCUACUGCCACAGUGUAAUUUGUCAAACUGUUUUAGUAUGGCUUGACAACAUUCAUGGUUCCCGUUGGAUCCCCACGGCUGCAUAUUCUACUUGCAGUCUUCUCCUUUAGAAGAAUCCACGUAGCUUUACCGAUCUGUGCAGGGCUGUGCUCAUUGGCUUCUUGUCAGAUGUAUUGUCUGUGUUUAUCCUGCAGAUGCAAUAGGUCAUUUAGUGCAGUGGUCCCCAACCCAGUCCUCAUGGAUCACCAACAGUCCUGGAUAUACGUAUUUUCAUGUUUUAUUCCAAUAGAGAUACUGACAAAACCUGGACUGUUGGAGAACACCGAUUUAGUGGACCCAAGUAAGUUUUCAACAUGUCCUAAAGUGGUUUGACAAAUUACGCUUGGAUGUAGUCAGUAGACUUUAAUAGUUACACUACAGUUGACUGUUGUGCUUUUGAGUGUUCCUUUAAGCCAAAACCAUCGCACUCGUAUGUUGCAAGAAUUAAAUAUAUUGAUACUGUAUAAACUGCAAUCAUGUCCUAAAAGUGUCCUUAUUUAAAAAAAAAAAAAAAAAAGGAAAUAAAGCACACUUACUGAGUCAUGUUUCUGUUUAUAUAAUGAUGGUUCUCCAUUUGGGAGAAAGUUGCAUACUUUUUGGUUUAGCAGUCAUAAGCUCGUGAUGAUUUUCUCUAGCAGGAAAUGUUUUUUAACGCUUUAGUCAUACAGGGUUCUAAAUGCAGAGGAUUUCCAUCUGAAAUAUAUUUUUAUUUUUGGUAUAUCUGGUUUAGAAUUGAUAGAAUUGGCUUUAUUAUCUUGGUAAGCUUUUAAUGGCUCGUAUUUGUACAUGUAGAAAUUACGGACAAACACAGCAUUUAAAGGGCUACUAUAGGCCAAUGGGAAAGUAUUGUGAUUGGCUGAGAUCAUCACUUCUGAUGAUGUCAGCCAUGGAGGCAGGUGGGGGGGGGGGGCAGAGCCAGCACCAGCAGACUGGAAUAAGGUAAGAUUUUACUAUAUUUAGAGGGUAUGGGGAGGCAGUUUUUGUUUUUGUUUUUUAAGCACUGUACUGUCCCUUUUAGAUGCAAUUAAACAUAGACAAUUAAAUAUGCAGUGCUCUUGUCUGUAGGGCAACAGACAGCCUGGGUCAUCAAAAUAAAAAAAACACGUGUAGCUGACCAGUUGGACCACUUUUAAACAUGCUGUGCUCUCCAUGUUUGUCUGCUGUUUGGGCAUACUCAAUAGUAGAGAAGGAGGCAUACACUUCAGACCAACGUACAUGGGCUACCAUGCAGGACUAGUAUGUAAAUACAAGUGCAGCAACAGGGGCUGUUGAAGUUUCCUCCUACAUAAACCACUUUUGGCAGAGGUUCAAAAAUAGAACACUUACAUUGCGUGUGUCUGUGGGUUCCUCAUUUUGUAUGUGCAAUGCUUUAAAACAGCAAGAAAAGCCUCCAUAUAAAUAUUACAUAGCCAGGUUCUAAGUUUAUUAGCACCAAAUGUCUGUCAUAAGUAAUCCUGCUUGUCCUGGCACAUUGUGUUUUAAUUUUUUUUAAUUUACUGCAUUAUUCACAUUCUACUUAAAGGAACACUAUGGUGUCAGGAAUACAAACAUGCAUUCCUGACACUAUAGUUCUAAAAACACAUUUUAGGCCCCCGGUCUCUAUGUGGCUGGCUCCACUUCCUUGGCUGAGAACAUCAAGUUUGAUCUUAACCAAUGCAAUGCUAUUGCGCAUGUGUGGCAAAACUUCAAGCUGCACCAAUCAGCAUCUCCUCAUAGAGCUGCAUUGAAUCUGAAAAGACAGUGUUUACAUUAAAAUGCUUGCAGGGACAGGAUAUAGACACCAUAACACACUUCCUGCAUGUGACCCACACAGCGUCUUCACAAUUCUUAUAGAUAAAUAAAAAAAAUUAAACUUCCUUUAUUGCACAGUGUGUUUAGUUUAGAAUUUCUCAUCUCCUGCUCUGUUAAUAGCUUGCAGGAUCCUCAUGUGUGCUUAAAUGGUUACUCCAAGCACCAGGACUACUUAAGUGAUUUGAAUUAGCCAUGGUGCCUGGAGUCUGUAUGUGCAUUGUUUUGCUUUGAAACACUGCACAUACGGAGUUUAAUUUUUUUUUUUUUUUCUGGAAUGUCAUUACACAGUCUGGGGCAAAAGAUAAUUCAUUAGCUAAGAGCAGUCAGCUGAAAGGAUUGACACCAAGCUUCUGCAGACCUGAUAAAUACUGCUGUUUACAGAGUUACUUUGUUACACCUACCUUCAUGACCACUUUGACAUUUUGAAAAGGUUAUGGCGGUAAGGGCCUCUAUGUGAAGCGUUUCUGCUUAAGACGCUGUAAAACCAGCAAUAUACUUGCAUAGUAUAGUUAUCUAAGUUUUAAAAAAAAAAGACUCUUAAGUCCAUCAACCCUGAUGCCCUUUCUUUUAUGCGGUUGAUCCAAGAGAAGGCAAAAAAAAUAAAUUUGUAGCCAUUUCCACUUAUGUCACAAAAAGGGGGGAAUCGUUCUUGACUCAAUAUUGGCAAUCAGUAUUCUUCUUGAUUCAACAACUUGUUUGCAAACAUAUCCGUUAUAUCCUUAAUAUUCUGUUAAGCUAAUCCAGUUUUCCAUUCCUCUCACUAGUUGUUGUAGCUCACCACUUUUUCUAGUUCUGCAAUAUUCUUCUAUAAAACAUGUGCCCAGAAUUGCACUCCAUAUUCAAGAUGGGCUGAUACCACUGAUUUAUUAAGCGGCAACAUUAUAUUUUGAUCUCGUGAAUCAAAACCUCUUUUUAUAUAUGAAAGCACUUUACUAGCGUUUACAAUGGCAGACUGGCAUUGCACACUGUUGCCUAGAUUGUUAUAUAUAAUUUAAUUUUAAUGUUGCCCCUAACUCAACCACAACCCUUUUUAAUGUAUAAAUGGCUUGUGGGUUCCUUAUUCCAAAAUGCAUGAACUGGCAUUUAUCUGUAUUGAAUCUCAUCUGCCACUUGCCUGCCCAGUCCCCCAAUUUAUUAAAAUCUUGCUGUAGAAAAGUUAUAUCAUGUUGAGAGUGUAUGUUUAGCUGUAUUAGUCCAGUAGACAAGAUGUCGAAACCAGUAUUGCAGAAUAUGCAAUGAUCCCGCUUUCACUUACUUAAAACAUAGAAUGUGAUGGCAGAACCAUUCGGUCCAACUAGUCUGCCCAAUUUUCUAAAUACUUUCAUUAGUCCCUGGCCUUAUCUUAUAGUUAGGAUAGCCUUAUGCCUAUCCCACGCAUGCUUAGACUCCUUCACUGUGUUAACCUCUAUUACUUCAACUGGAAGGCUAUUCCAUGCAUCCACCACCCUCUCAGUAAAGUAAUACUUCCUGAUAUUAUUUUUAAACCUUUGCCCCUCUAAUUUAAGACACUGUCCUCUUGUUGUAGUAGUUUUUCUUCUUUUAAAUAUAGUCUCCUCCUUUACUGUGUUGAUUCCCUUUAUGUAUUCAAUAAAUAAAAUAAGACUUGUAAAAAUUCAAUUCUUAAAAUACAAACUUUUCGACAGUUUUCCUUUCUUCCUCAUUUCUGAAGUAAACUAUGAUCAAUUUGAUAGUUUGACACUUCAAGUGUCAAACUCUGUCAUCUUGAUCAGUAUUGAUUAGGGCAACCAGCAUAGCACAUUUACUCAUCCAGUUCCAUUUCUGGAGUGUACCAAUUAUAAGGAUAUUUUACAGACUCUAGAUGAGCGAUCGCCUACUUCUAUCAGUCCGUUGUAACCUUUUACAGACUCUAGACUGUGUCAGUGUUUGCUUCUUCCAACUCUGUGAUGACCUACCUUGAUUGGGCAUUUCUACAAAAUCAUAGAUUCUAGAUCAGAGAAGGCCCUCUUUGAUCAGUGAUGUCUAAACUUUAACAGACUCUUCCUUUAUGUUAUGCAAAGCUGUGCACACGGUCUACUAGCAAGCCAUGACCACUGCAGUAAAGAAAAUUGCUAAGCUACUUAUAACUUGCUUGUGCAAAAAUAGGAUAUCUUGAAAAUUUGACCUGCUGGUAGGUCACGAAGAAAGCUUUGAAGAUCACUGUAUCAGGCUUCAGCCAACCCUUGGUUCUCAGCACUAUAAACACACAGCUUAGUAACAAGAGUUCAUUUGAGGUUUCAAUUUUUUGUCUAUGUACAGAGAUAAAAUUCACAGAAUCAAAGUGUUGAAUAAGAUUGUCUAUCUAGAUUAAAGAAAACCGGGUUCCUUUGGGCAGACUGUGUCGUGCUCUCUUUUUUCCUUAUACAAUUGUCCACAAAACUGCAGAACCUGUUUCAAUACUAAAUAUUACUAGCAGUGUAACAUGUUUUGAAAAUAGAAAAACAGGGGCAAAAAUGAAUAAAUGUUAAUGGGUUAUUUAAAUUGCAUUAGUUUAUUUGCCCAAUGCACCGAGAGGCAGGUAACCAAUACGAAUACUGUCCAAAAUUGAAUUAUUCAAACAUUUCAUAGAUUUUUCAUUGUAAUAAAUGAAAUAUGACACAUGCCCAUCUCUCAAAUCCUCUACAUUUACAUGUAGAGCACAUGAAUUCAUAAUGCCGAUUGCAAUUUGCAUAAUGCUAUUAAUUGAAUAAUCAUCGAAACACCAAUGGCUGCACUAGUAAUUGUGUCACCUACCUUUUAUUGAUUGCAAACUCUCCAGCAUGCAGUGCAAUUCAAGUUUACAAUGCAUGAUAUGGCAUGAACAUUACAACCCUCUCUGUGUGGCUGAGUAGUGGGCAAAGUUAAAAAUAAAAUCUCAAAAUUUAGGUAUAUGUAAUGUAGAUACAAAACAUCCCUUACAUUGUAAACCUGGAAGGUUGUUGGUUUACAUGAAUUAUAGCCAAAGUACAAUGAAAAGGUCUGGCACUACUUCAAUCUGUGCCCAAAUAAAAGGAACUUGAAUAGGAGUGCCAGACUUUUUCAUUUUCUUUUAGCUAUAUAAAUUAACUCCCUGCAGUAAAGCGAGUGCUUUCUUUUGUUUAUGCCACAUAAAUUAUAAAACAUGUGAUCAAUUUCAAAUUCUAAGCAGAGCAUAUUAGGUAAAAUGUGUUAACACAUGAAUGUUAGUAAUGUGCAAAAAAAAAUAAUUUAAUCCUUGAUUGAAUUAAACAAAGUACAUUAAUAAAAGUCUUUAUUAUUAUUAUUAUUAUUGUAGAUGUUUUGAGAGGCUGUCCAUACACUGCUUGGUAUAUAAUGCAAAUCAUUAUGACCUCCAUGGUGUUAUUGGCCUGACACUCGUACAGUAUCAUGGAAGGGAGCUGAGUGUAGCUGGCUGAUCACUAUAAGUUGGUGGUGUAGCACCCAGAAGUACUGUGCAAGUGUUUUGGACUUGCCAAUACUGCACUCAUCACCCACAAACACACACUUAAGUAUUGUUUAUUAGGGUGAAAGUAAGGGAAGCUUGUCCUAUUUGCAGUCACUGUUUACCUUUUAAUAUGCUACAGGAGUGACAUAUUUAACUGAUUCAUAGUCCUAUAAAAAGUGUAGUAUGUGCUCAUAAAUGUGUAUUUUAACUUCCCCACUUUUAACUACAAAUUUGUAAAAUAUUAAAUUUGGGCUUUGCUUCUCUGGGCCUGAACACAUACAAAACACCUACCAUUAAUGUAACACAAACCUGUAUUCCUGACCCAAAAACCACCAUCUUGCCUGCUCCCCCUGCUUUGCCCCCCUAAAUAUAGUAAAAUCUUACUUAUAUUCAAGUCUGUAGCUGCUGGCUCUGCCCCUGAUCUGCCUGCUUGGCUAACCUCAUCAGAAGUGGUCUGAGCCAUUCACAAAGGAUUCCCCAUAGGAUUGGCUGAGACUGUCAAGGAGGCAGAUCGGGGGAGAGCCAGCACAAGUCAAACACCGCCCUGGCCAAUCAGCAUCUCCUCAUACAGAUGCACUGAAUCAUUGCAUCUCUAUGAGGAAAGUUCAGUGUCUGCAUGCAGAAAGCACUUCUAAUAGCCGUCUGAGGAGUGACCAGGGGAGUUAUAACUGGGCUGUAAUGUAAACAUUGCAUUUUCUCUGAAAAGACCGUGUUUACAGCAAAAAGCCUGAAGGGAAUGAUUCCACUCAACAGAACAAAUAGAAUAAGCUGUAGUUGUUCUGGUGACAAUAGUGUCCUUUUUAAUAUAUACAAUGGCACAGUGGUUAAAUAUUAGAGAAAUUCUAACUGCCCUUCGAGCAUCAAAUAUGUUUGUGUUUAUGCAUCAAAUAGUUUUGAAGAAGUACUUCUUAGUAUUUGUGGAAUUCACGUACACAUUAAAGUACAUUUUACACAGCUGCAUAUUUAUUAAUUUUCAGAUAUAAAAUUGCUGACUGUUUUUUCUUCCUCUUCUCAGUUCGGGACUUGCUCUUCUGGCGGGAUGUAAAGAAGUCUGGAUUGGUUUUUGGGGUGACAAUGGUAUUGCUUCUGUCACUAGCAGCCUUCAGCAUUAUCAGCGUCAUUUCCUACCUCAUCCUGUCCCUUCUGACAGUGACGAUCAGCUAUCGUAUCUACAAGUCUGUAAUGCAAGCUGUCCAGAAAUCCGAUGAUGGCCACCCUUUCAAGUGAGUAGGUGAAAACUCACACUAGUAAGCCCCUAACCAGUCUCAGCCCUCUCCUUAUUAUCAAUGUAAGUGCUGGGAGUUUCCCAUGAACUGCUGCUCGGUAGGGUUUGUUGGGUAUAUAGUUUAACAUUCAGCAUCUAUGUCUUCAUGAAAAUAUUUUGGGAAAAACUAAUACACAAGUUGUCCCUGCUUCUAGCACUGUGCUAAAAUAGCUCUAUUUGGGGGAGGAUGUGGAUCAGGGGCUCAACUCUGUUAUUGGAAUUGGUGUUAAUUGUUGUAUCACAUAUCCAAAAACAAAAUAACACCUACUGAUCGAUGGUAUUUAUUCAGCGUGUCUGUUGAUGUCAGUCUUUGAGAGAGUAUGUCAGAGAAGAUAGGAACUAGGACUGCAUGCACUCUCUGUAUUUACAUGCCAUUCAAGUGCUUAUGCAACCAGGGGGAAAUGGAAGGUCUAGUGGGUGUGAUGGGGGAAGGGACCAUAACCUACAUUGCUUCCGUUUUCUAUUUUGAAGAAACUGUUUGAAUUACAAGCAACAGAUGGAAGGAGGACAGACACAUGAGAAUCUUUAAUGGAUCUGUGUGGGAAGAAAAGGCAUGACUUACUAGGUUACUGAAAAGUAUUUGAAAUUGUUGAUGUAUGUUUAAUUUGCAGAGAUUUGCUAGAAAAGGAUAUCACUCUGUCAUCUGACUCCAUCCAGAAGAAAAUCAAUGCAUCUCUCGCUCACAUCAAUCGGGCCUCAAAACAUAUUGUUCGCCUCUUUCUUGUGGAAGACCUUAUAGAUUCUCUCAAGGUGACUGUGAUACAAUGUAUGGUAGAAGAGAAGUCUCAUGAUUGGAAAUAGGGAAUUAUUCUAGCUAGGAGGAUGGUCUCUUGGCACGGUACAGGACACAGCAGUUUUAAAAGCUCUAUGUUGCACAGAUGCAUAGUUUUAAACAGUCUACUGUACUUAAAUUUACCUUAAUAAAGGAGUAAUAGAAUAAAACAAAGAAAAAGUGUACCUAUGAGGGAACUAGGAAAAUGGUAUAGUGUAUACAUGGUAGAGUAUCACUUCUAGGGUAGCCAGUCUCCUUCCAGACUAAGUACUAAACUAUAAUCUCAAAUUACUAAAAAAAUAAAAAAAAUAAAAAAUACAAUUUUAUUAAAUCCAAUUACUGAAAACUCAAUAUGUGCUAGCACGUAAAAGUGCUCAAAGUGCUCAUGUACAUAAAUAGGUGCGAUGACUGCAAGUAUAUAUGAUAAAUAGUAUUAUUAAUUCUGUAGUAACACCCAGUGUGUGUCAAAGUGUGGUUACCACUCCAAUAAGGCUAAUAAACACUAGGUAGCACCAUACAAAGAAAUUCCAAGGUAAUUCUAUCCAUAAUGCUUGCUAGGGAGUAAUGAUGUGUACCGAAACCAUAAAGCAUAAUCUGGUAUCAGCCAUAGAUGUUUGUAUGCUGAUAUUAAAUGCAAAACGCUGGAAAAAUACCUAGCCGGAAUGCUGAAUAUAUAAUGGAGUACUCAAUGCUACACGGGUAAGGCUUAUAUUUGAAAUCAAGUUAAUAUCGUUGUGGUGCCAAAUUAUGCGCAAUGGGCCGAAUGGUUCUUAUCUGCCGUCGCAUUCUAUGUUUCUAUAGGCUAGGGACUAAUGAAAGUAUUUAGAAAAUUGGGCAGACUAGAUGGGCCGAAUGGUUCUCAUCUGCUGUCACAUUCUAUGUUUCUAUGUAAGCCCACAGAUAUCUUGCAGUGUUCCGUACCAGGGAAUUUAUGCUGUUGAGGUAGCGCUUGUAGCAAUUCAGACACAGUGUAGGCAUCACAUUUGUAGCUAGAUUAGCUCCGAAACUGUGGUAAGGGUAACCAUGAGAUACGAUAAAUUAACCCCCUGUGCCUUCGUACACACUAAACUCCUCUAUCUAUACACCUUGUAAUUGCAAUUCUCUACGAGUAUUCUUUCUGACAGUAACAGACUGUUCAGUGUAUCAUCUCCCUUGGCUAGCGAUUUUCCUCUUAUAUUGAGCAUAUUGUAGGUGUAUGUGUCAUACGCUGACAGCGUAUUUGAUACCUGCUGUCCUCUUUCUCCGGAGGGGGAGAUAGUGUUUAGUGCCUAACACUGCAAGAUAUUUGUGGGCUUAUGCUUAAUUUGGCACCACAACAAUAUUAACUUGAUUUCAAAUAUAAGCCUUACCCGUGUAGCGUUGAGUACUCCAUUAUAUAUUCAGCAUUCCGGCUAGGUAUUUUUCCAGCGUUUUGCAUUUAAUAUCAGCAUACAAACAUCUAUGGCUGAUACCAGAUUAUGCUUUAUGGUUUCGGUACACGCCAUUACCUCCUAGCAACCAUUAUGGAUAGAAUUACCUUGGACUUUCUUUGUAUGGUGCUACCUAGUGUUUAUUAGCCUUAUUGGAGUGCUAACCACACUUUGACACACACUGGGUGUUACUACAGAAUUAAUAAUACUAUUUAUCAUAUAUACUUGCAGUCAUCGCACCUAUUUAUGUACAUGAGCACUUUUAAGUGCCAGCACAUAUUGAGUUUUCAGUAUAUUGAUUUAAUAAAAUAAAAAUUAUUUUUAGUAAUUUGAGAUUAUGGUUUAGUACUUAGUCUGGAAGGACUCUGGCUACCCUAGAAGUGAUACUCUACCAUUUUCAUAGUUCCCUCAUAGGUACACUUUUUCUUUGUUUUAUUCUAUUUUUUGGGGGAAACAACAAACAACACUUAACUACUGUGACAUAAAUAAGGUUUUAUUUUAAAAUAUUUCAGACAGGAUCUAAAAUUAUACAAUGAAACACCUUAUAAUCUUUAAAACCAUGUACCCCCAAUAUAUUACUUUAAAUAUGAACUCAGCAACAGUCUAUAUACUUUUAAAAUGUUUAGAUUGUGUUUUCUGGUUGUGAGUUAACGACCAGAGUAGACUUUUCCUACAUUAAGUAUGUUUUGCCAGACUGGUUCUUCUGUACAUCAACCAGUUACAGCAUUCUCCUUGCAAACAAGUCUUAGAAUAAUGUGACUCAGCAAAGAACAUGGUAGGAAGAAAGAUACAUAAGGCAAAACGAGCAUUAAAAAGUCAUUACGUGCAAGUGUGCCACUGACGCUUGUAAUAAUAUCAAUGUAUUAUAUUAAUUGAUUGUGUCCAAGUCACUUUCUGCAGCAGAGCUAGGAUUUUUGGAGUGCGUUUUCUCUCUCAUGCUGUAUUGUUUAUCUUUUCUCAGCUGGCCCUUCUUAUGUGGCUGAUGACCUAUGUAGGAGCUGUAUUUAACGGGAUCACUCUGCUCAUUCUUGGUAAGUGCUCUCUAACAGAUGUGCAGACCUGUCUGACACUUACAUUGAGCUGGGAGUUGAUUUUUAACCAGUGUUAAUUUUGUUUUAGUCUUUGUCAUAGUCUUUUGACUUAGAUGCCAUUUUGUUUUAGUCAUUUGAAUUGUUAGUUUGUCAACUAAAAAUCUAAUUAGUUUAGUUAAAGUUUAAUGCAUUAUUUCAGCAUUUCUUUAAAAUUUCCAAACCACUUGGGUCUGCCUACAUCUGCAUGAAGACUCCUUCCACAUCAGGAUGAGACACUCCAUAUUGUGCAUAUGGUGUACACAUUCACUAUAGAUAAAGCUGAUAUUUAGAAAACCAAAAUAAGUCUUCCAAGCUGCUCGAUUGACAGACCAAGUGGGCUGUCUUUAGCGGCAGCAGUUUUUUUGCUAAUCAUUGCCAUCAAUAAUUCUCUGUAAUCAGAAUGGGCUCAGGGUGCCCUAAGUACCACACACUUUGCAAUAAUGGAAAGUACUUAUGAUGCUUAGACUUUCCUUUUAACAGUAAUAAGAAGCUACUUAUACAGCACUCUUUAAUCCAAGGUUUUUUUUCGAAGCACUCAGCGCACAUUCUAAUUUUAAACAAACCAGAAGCUAAUAAAUAGAUGUUACCAUUAGCAAACUUAGUAAUGCUUAUAUUAUUGAUCUCCGAAAUUAAUGUGGUCCAGCAGGCCAUAAAAGCUACAAGUCUUCUGGUGGAAUAUAUUUUAGCAAACCCUGCAGUUUAAGGGUCAAUUAAGCAGCAUAAUGACUACAGCUUGUUCUACUCGUUUGGGGCAAGGAGUUUUUGGGCACUGUCCUUUCAAACCAAGUCAUUUAGCAAAACUGGGCUCUCCCGUCAUCCAAAGCGCAAGGGUGAGUGAAACUGCUAGAUCCAGGUUAGCUCAGCACUGCUAGCCUGCCAUUGCUACCCUAGGUUGAGUGACUAAUGUGGAAACAAUUUUUACAGCACAGGAGCUGGGGCUUUAGGAACGAACUCCUAACAUUUUGACAGGUGGUAUUAGUAUUUUUUAUACAAAUGAGUUGCCAUGGCAAUCAUGGUAUACGUUCUUUACUUGCGUUCAGUAAGGAGAUAAUGCAUUUUUGCUUCAUGCAGAAAAUUUUGAUUUUAAUUAAUGUAUUUAAAUUUUCACUAAUUUAGAAGUCCGUUAUAUUUUAAAUUUUUAUGUCUGGUCAGUGUUAGAUAAAUUAAUUUUGAAACUGUGAUAGAUAUACUUAGCAUGCAAUUUCCUUUAUAGAAUAUAUUGUUUUAUUCCUCAAAGUCUGUAUAUAUGCUGAUGGAGUUACACCCAGGCCAACCCACGGUGUAUCAAGACCAUUAAUUUCCUAUGCUAUAUUCAGUUGCGUAGCCUGGAAAAAAAAAAGGUCAGCUUUAGGAAGGUAUAAACAUUUUAUUUUUACAUUGUGCUUGUGACAUGGUCAGAAAAUGUAAACAUACCAAAUUAUAUGUAUAUACCCAAUGCUUGUUUCUAUCUCUUUCAAGGGUCCACUUUCAAGGGUCCACUGCAGUGGAUCCAAGCAGAGUUUAACACAAAAAAAAAAAAAAAAAGGUUUCCUAAUUUGGACAAAGUAACAUAAAAAAAAACUGCAACCCUACUUCUAAAGUUUUUCAUUUGUGCAAUAGUAAUGUCAAUUUAAUCUGUGUAGGGACACCUUUAACCAAUCAAUGCUGUCAGAUUUGGACAAAAUUACCCAUACCCUGGGCAGUUGUCAAUCACAUGAAAAACUCCCUACAGUGUUGUUUUAAUGUUGUGCUUUAAGAAUAGUAGUGGCAGUACUUUAUAGAACUCCAUGAUCUUUACUCAGAAUUUCUACUCAAAACUUGCAUACUGUUUUCUUAUUUAUUUAUUUUUAUAUUUGCUUUUUAGGAGUGCUGGUUGCUUUUACUGCCCCCCUGGUCUAUGAGAAAUAUAAGGUAAUUUAUCAUUUGCCUUUUAACACAAGCCCACAUCCCUCUGUUUCCCUGUUGUCUGCAACACGCUUCAUUAUAAAAUCCAAUGAUGUACACCGUUAAAAAAUUAUACACUAUAACCAUAUAAUUAUAUUUUAGGAGGAAAUUUUAAGGUAAUAAAAAAAAAAAAGAAAACAGGGCUGUCCAUUACAAGCUGCACUGAAAAUGCAAAAACUAGACAACGUUUCAAGUGUAUAUCCAUCCAACCUGGGACCUCAAAAAAAGCCUGACCCACCCCCACGCACUUUCUGUCUUUUCUCAUUAAGUGAACAUCUGCAUUUUCAAUGUGGCUGCUGAAGGGUCAGUCUAUGGGUGAUGUAGAGUUCAAAUUAUGCAGACAGCGCCUGUUACUGCAACUCACUGCUCCCAUAAAGAGGCAGAUAGAUUGAAUAUAGAGAAUCUACACAGGAACUUUACCAAGGUUGUCUAUACAGAGUUCAUAAGAAAACAGAUAGCAGCCGCAAUGAGAGAACGUGCGCUACCCGACCACAGUUUCACCAAAUCUACUUCCAAGUAGUACUUCCCGUCCUAAGUGUAAUCAGCUGUUAGAUGGCAAGGAGGUUUAAUAAUUUAUCUGCCAACUUAGCAAUGUGAUUUUUUUUUUAAAUUUUAUAUAUAUAUAUAUAUAUUUUUUUUUUUUACUAUUAUUAAAUAAGGAGUUUAGAAUUAUGCAACUUUAAGCAAUGCAUUUGUAAUGAGAGAACAAAGAUUACUGUGUCUGCAAUAAAGCACAAUCAGCAAGGAAAAAGUCUGAUUUCCCCCUCCCAAUUCCUUCCCCAAAUCAUAUGUUCUCACACAUCCUUUCAUAGUGCAAACUAUUCCUCGUUCUUCCAUUAUUUUCAUAUAUUUCACCCUUACGAUUUCCUCAAUCUUGCUAAAACACACACAUUCCCUUCACCUCUCCUCAUUUUAACUUUUAUUUUAUUUGUUUCCAGGUACAAAUUGAUCAUUAUGUAUCCCUGGUACACAAUCAAGUAAAAUCCAUAACCGAAAAGUAAGUACCAGAUGGCUAUCAGGAAUAAAACCAGGUUCUGGGAGUGGAUAGGAUAAGGGGUUGAAUGAUAAAGCUGUGAGUGCAGUGACUGAGCGGGUAUGCUUUAGUAUCCUGAUCUCACUAGCCAUUUAUAAUAAUAGUGUCUAACAAAAUAUCCUUUCAUUUUUCCCGGCAGGAUCCAAGCCAAGCUCCCAGGAGCACUGAAGAAGAAAACCGAGUGAAGAAGCAAGAUUGGGGGGGAGGGUUGGGAGGGUAAUAAUGAAGUGUAAACACUGGCUAUGCCAUAUCUUGUUUCUGGUCACAGGAUUCCUUGUAUUGUAUAGAUAUAUAUAUAUAUGGUUCCUUUCUGGCAGGAAAAGAAAUGGUUGUCCGCACCUGUGUCCUUGUACAGUCAUGCUUCUCUAAACACUGGAUAGCUGUGGAGGGACCCAGUAAAACACACAGCUCUCCAUCUGUCACUAUUUAAUCACUGUCAUUCCAUGCUCCUCCACUACUGAUCAAGGGUGCGUGUGCCCAUCUUUCAGACUCCUUCACCCUCAGCUCCAACACCUUUUGGACUUACUUGAUCUUUUCCCCUCUUAUUCAAAUAUCCCUUAUACCUGUCCUACUCUUAUUUCUCUACUUUAGAUCUCUGAUGGGUUCAUCUAUCUUCAAAGCCCAGCCUUACUGCAUUAUCUCCUGUCUAAUCUUCCAAAUAGUCUCUUAUUUUCUUGUGUUCUUCAGCAGAAGCUAACAUACUCCCUUAUAACCGCCACCAAAACCCGUCUCUUCCCCACUGUCUACAAAUCCUGCAUAAGAACAUGGUCUGUCCUUUAGUCAUCGCACUGUUGGCCUGAGUUAUAUGUCUGGUAAAUGCUACCAGAGUAAAGUCAGUCAAGCAACAAAACAAAAAUAUCUAGUAUUAAUUUAUAAUUCACUUUUAUUUUGUACACACAAUCAAUACUGGACCCAUGGAGUAAAUACAUUUUUAUGUACAUUGUUACUAGUGCGUUGCCAGGUGUUACACUUCGAAGGACUCUACGUUCUGUAUGCCACCUCACCCCUUCUGUUUCAGAUUCAUCAUUCCCUUCCUUACCCUCUCCCGUACGCAUCAGGAGAAAUGCAGUAUCGUCAACUCACUGCUAAACGCCGAACAUUAUCCCUUUCUUAGGUUUGCAUUUAAAUGCAACUUAAUUUAAAAAAAAAUAAUAAUAAAUCUGCCCUCAAAUAGAACAAAUAGUUACAUUUGUAGAACACGCAACAUGUGACCGCACUAUGUAAAGUUUAGUGAAUGCUCUUAUUAAUUUAAAGAGAGGAUCAGGGAUUAAGUCUAUUUGCAUAACAAGCUAAUAGUGUCUCCUCCUAGUUGUCCAUAAUUUUAUGUCAAAAAGUAUAAAGUGACUACCAACAGUCUAAUAAGGAUCUCUCUAUGUUUAAAUGAAAAAUUAAGUUGUACAUUUGAGUUAGGAAUAUACUCCUGUCAUUUACCCUGCACCAGGGGUGGGAUGUUUUUAUUAAUGUGAUUUGUGUUGCACUGAGCUUCUAAUUAUUCACUGUGUAUCAAUGCUGUUUAAAAGCUAAGGCUUUACGAUUAUUUUAAGAGUGAAAGUGAUGCAGCUAACUAAGUAUUCAAUAAUACAACCAUAAACCAGCUCCUUAGUACAGAAACAAAAGGUCUGCUUUUAUUUUAUGGGUGUCAGAAAAAAACACUAUUUUUGUUUUGUUUUGUUUCUGCAAGUUGGUAGAACAAAAUUCUCUGUAUAUUGCAAAUACAUGUGGUAUUAAAAGGAGUAGGACAUGUACAUGUGGUCUUCUUUUCUGUGUACCAUCUGGACAGGAAAUUGGCAUUCUUGCAAAAAGGGUGGCAGAUGAGGCUAUACCUACCACCUAGACAUCCAGAGACCUAGGACAUAACUAACAACGGAAUUCUUGACUCUAUACAGGGGGGGCGGCGGUGGUGCCUGCUCAGUACCAUAAGCACUACAGCACACUGCUGGGUUUCUUUAAACUAGAUUUCGGGGGAUGGGGGGGGGAGUUGCCCUAAACAUAAAUGUGAUUUAACAUAUAUAUGUGCAUUUGUUUGAUGAAAACUCCUAAAGUAGGAAUUGUGGGGAAUUAAAAGUGACCUUAAAGAAACAAUCCAAGCACCAUAACACUAGAGCCCUCCCAGAGUGAUUUGUCAAGUCACUUUAGAACAGUUUGGCAGCUUACUUGGGUCCUAUUGAACAGCCACAGUUCUCCACCCAUAUCCUUUUUGAAAGAGAAUCUGGUUACCUCCAUUGAGCUUAGCAUGACCAUGUUCCUUGGAAAGUUAGCUGAGCACGGUACUGUAUCUGACCUGCAGAGAACAAUGUUAUACGGCACAGAUGGCGGGCAUACCCAAGAUAGAUAUCAAACCGUUCUAAAGCUGUUUUACAGAUUACUGUGGGAGGCUGUCAGAAUGGUGCUAUAACCAUUACAGCAAGACUUAUCAGUUGUGGUAUUUGGAGCAUUCCUUUAAAAUGUUAGGCCAAAAUAGUUGUCUUGGAAAUCUAGAUUAAUAGGAGAAAUAUUUGAAUUCUGAAAUUCAAAGCUAAUGUGGCCUAAAAUUUUAAACUCACUUUUUAAAUAUUUGUGAAUAUAGCUGUUAAAGUAAUCAUGUAGUUAUCCAUAGAGUGCUGUGAGUAUGGUAAUUUAUUAAAAGGAA